UUAAGGCUCAAACUACUAACUCUUUUCCAUGCUAAUCAGGGCAUCCUUGGAGCAGCCCGCUAUCUGUCAAACCGCGCCCACAUGACCCCAUCUUAAAACAGUCGCAAGCGAAAGCCGAAGCAAUAGAUGAAAGCAGAGAAGCGGAAAAGCCAGAAGGGGAUAGGGAAACGGUAAGAAAGAAAAAUUAGCAGAGAUUGAGCAAACCCUAAUAGCCAGAGAGAGAGAGAGAGAGAGAAUGCGGCGGCGGCAGUCCUCCUCGUUCAUGUUCUUCCCCCUUGUCAUCCUCUUUAACUUAUCCGCGGCGGCGGCCUCCUCUAUCGACUCCGACGUCAGAGCUCUUCUUGCAUUCCGCUCGACCUCCGAUACCGCCGGCCGCCUCUCCUCCUGGAAUCUAACCUCCAGGUCUGCUGACCCCUGUUAUUCCUGGCUCGGUCUCUCGUGCUCUUCUGGCCGCGUCACUCGCCUCGUCCUCGAGAACCUCUCCCUCUCCGCCACCUCACAUUCUUUCUUCCCCUCUCUUCUCCUCCUUGACCAGCUCCGCGUCCUUAGCCUCAAAUCCAACUCCUUCUAUGGUCCCCUCCCCCCCGACCUCUCCAAGCUCAGAGCCGUUAAGCUUCUCUUCCUCUCACACAACUCCUUCUCCGGACCCAUCCCUCCCUCCUUGUCCUCCCUCUCCCGCCUCUACCGCCUCGACCUCUCCUUCAACAACCUCUCCGGCCCCAUUCCAAACUCUCUUAACAGUUUUUCGCAUCUUCUCACGCUCCGCCUCCAAUGCAACUCCCUUUCCGGCUCCAUCUCCGGCAUCUCCUUCCACACCCUCAAAGAUCUCAAUUUUUCCUACAACCAUCUCUCCGGCGCCAUUCCCCCCUCCCUCGCCUCAUUUCCCGCCGAGGCCUUUGUGUCAAAUCUCGCCCUCUGCGGCUCUCCUCUCCCCAGCUGCAGCAAUGUCGUCAGCGAGCCUAGCCAUCCUAACAACACCUCCCCCGCAACCAUCAUCUCCUCCCCAACCUCCAAACCAGAGGCAUCACCACCCUUCGAAAACCUGCACAACUCCAACACAGCCAGCAGCCGCAGCGGUAUGAGCCGAGCCGCUGUUGUAGCCAUCGUGGUUGGCGACUUCGUAGUUCUCGUCCUUGUUUCCUGUCUUCUGUUCUGCUACUUCUGGCGCAAGUUCGCCGGAAAGAAUCCUUCACGACUGCACGAAGGAGAGAAGAUUGUCUACUCGUCUAGUCCAUAUGCGGCCGGUGUGGCAGCAGCAGGGGCUGCCGUUUCAACGGGCGUGUUCGAGAGGGGAAAAAUGGUGUUCUUCGACGAGACGAAGAAAUUCGAACUUGAAGAGCUGCUGCGAGCGUCUGCAGAGAUGCUCGGAAAGGGUGGAUAUGGAACGGCCUACAAAGCUAUCCUCGAUGAUGGCGGUGUCGUUGCCGUGAAACGGCUCCGUGAUGUUCAGCUUGCUGGAAAACGGGAUUUCGAACAGCACAUGGAGAUCCUCGGUCGUCUCCGCCACCCGAACCUCGUAACGCUAAAGGCCUACUACUUCGCCCGCGACGAGAAGCUCCUCGUUUACGACUUCAUGCCCGGCGGCAGCCUCUACUCCCUCCUCCACGGAAACCGAGGGCCCGGGCGGACGCCGUUGGAUUGGGGGGAUAGGAUGCGGAUAGCGAUGGCGGCGGCGCGAGGGCUUUCGUUCGUACACCAAUUCGCCAAGUCGCCGAAGCUCGCCCAUGGCAACGUGAAGUCGACCAACAUUCUUCUAGACAAGUCCGGCACCGCCCGACUCGCUGACGUCGGCCUUGCAUUGCUCGGUAAAGCGCCGGACAGACGGUUCUGUGGAUACCGACCGCCAGAGGUCUCAUUGGACGGGCGGCGGCCAUUUUCCUCGCAACGCGCAGACGUGUACGCCUUUGGCGUCGUUCUCCUCGAGAUUCUCACCGGGAAGCCAGCUGCUGAUGGCGGCGGCGGCUCUGCCGCCGCUGGCGUGGAUCUACCGCGGUGGGUACAGUCAGUUGUGAGAGAAGAGUGGACGGCCGAGGUAUUCGACCUUGAGCUUAUGAGGUACAGGGGAAUCGAGGAGGAGAUGGUGGCAAUGCUUCAGAUCGCAUUGGCCUGCACGGUGGUCUCGCCGGAUCAACGUCCGAAGAUCGGACACGUGGUCAGGAUGAUCGAGGAAGUCCACGGCGGCGGAGGCGGCGGCGUUGAGGUGGUGGCGUCGCCAUCCCUCGAGUCCUCUGAAUCCGACUCCGCCUCUGACGAUCCCACCGCCGCCGUCUCCGCCGCUGCCGCCGGCGUUGGUCAUUGACUUGCCCAUAUUAGCAUAUCUCUCUUAAUGUUAAUUAAUCUUAUUUUCUUUCA